UCUCCUUACAACAACUUCUGUCUCUUCACAUUUCCACAAUGAGGGAGAUGAAGGCAACAGAUCCACUCCGUUCAUCCACAGAGCUGAGUGAAGGGAAGGAGAAGUUAAGACUGAAACAAGAGGUCGGCCUGAUUAGCAGCGUGUCAUUAAUUGCAGGUACCAUGAUAGGUUCAGGGAUCUUUAUGUCCCCUGAGUGGGUACUACAUCACAUGGGGAACCCUGCCAGCAGCCUGCUGAUCUGGGCAGCAUGUGGUCUCCUGGCCAUGUUUGGAGCCUUGUCGUAUGCUGAGCUUGGAACAAUAAUUAAAGAGUCUGGAGGAGACUAUAUUUACAUUUUGAGGAUUUUUGGUUCCUUUCCUGCUUUCAUUUUCGCCUACACUUCUGUCAUCCUGGUGAGACCAGCUGGUUUGGCAGCUGUCUGUCUGAGCUUUGCUGAGUACGCCAUUGCGCCAUUCUACCCAGGAUGCUCAUCUCCGCAGGUUGCCGUCAAAUGUACAGCUGCUGCCUGCAUCCUGAUUUUAACUAUCAUCAACAGUCUCAAUGUGAGGCUGGCAACAUCUGUUAUGAACAUUUUUACAGCUGCCAAACUCUUGGCUUUGUUGGUGAUCGUGGUGGGUGGGUUGGUGCUGCUUGCCAAGGGACAAACUCAGAGUUUUCAGAAUGGUUUUCAAGGCACGACUGCAGGUAUUGGGGCAGUUGGAGUGGCAUUUUACCAGGGACUCUGGUCCUAUGAUGGAUGGAACAACCUAAAUUAUGUAACUGAGGAACUGAAGAAGCCUGAGGUGACCCUUCCCAGAGCUCUGAUGAUUGCCAUUCCUUUGGUUACAUGCCUGUAUGUGCUGGUAAACGUGAGCUACUUGGCAGCCAUGACUCCCUCUGAGCUGCUGUCUUCAGGAGCUGUGGCCGUCACCUGGGGGGACAAAGUCCUGGGCAGCUGGGCAUGGCUCAUCUCCCUGUCGGUGGCCCUGUCUACGUUUGGUUCAUCAAACGGCACAUUCUUCAGCGGAGGCCGCGUGUGCUACAUCGCUGCCAGGGAGGGCCAUAUGCCAGACAUUCUGUCCAUGGUUCAUGUGCGACGCCUCACACCCUCCCCUGCUCUACUGUUUACGUCUGCGAUGUCUUUAAUAAUGAUAAUAUCAGGAAGCUUCACCACCAUCGUGAACUUUUUCAGUUUUAUGGCAUGGCUUUUCUAUGGAAUGACUAUUUCUGGGCUCCUGUAUUUAAAAAUCAAGAAACCAGAACUGCCAAGAUCUUACAAGGUCCCAAUUAUCAUCCCCAUAAUUGUGCUGAUGGCAGCUGUGUACCUGGUGUUAGCUCCCAUCAUUGAUCAACCCCAAAUAGAGAUCCUCUACAUCGUCCUGUUCAUUUUCAGUGGCAUAAUUUUUUAUUUCCCACUGGUUCGCUUUAAGUACCACCCUCGCUUCUUACAGAGAGUCACUUUACACCUCCAGUUGUUGCUGGAAGUUGCUCCAACUACCGGGGAUGCAGACUGAGAUAACAUCCUUCCUUCACGUGGCUGCCUGCACCUCAUGGUUUUCCCCUUGGUUUUCAAGGCUCAGAAAAUAUUCUUCUGUAAAGAGCAAUGAGUAGAAUGUGAGUGACAGUAAGUAUCCAAGUGAGAUGGACUACAGCUAUGAUUCCUCAUGUUUCCUUAAAAUUCUGGGGACAUGUUUUUCUUCUUUUCAGCUUUGCCUUGGCAUUACAUAGAGAUUCCAAAGGAAGAUGUGCUUUUGUAUUUUUGAUCCCCAAAAGGGCUGUUUCUCAGGAUCUUAUCUCUUAUUUCAUGCAGAUAGACAAUGAAAUAUUAUUUAUAUAGCAGGCUGAGUCCCAUAGCCAUUCCUGGCAAUGCCUUUGAUUACUUACACCUUGUUAUGCCCACUGUGACUGCAGAGCUUCUCAAAUCAAUAAAGUAAGGGCUCACCAUGGCCACAAGAAAUAAACCCUUUUUCACUCAGGUAUUCAUCCUGGGAAGAUUAUGCUUCUUCCAGUUCCAGGUGCACAGUCACAACAGUCCUUUCUCUGUCUCAGAAACCAUCCCACAUGCCCCACAGAAAACCCUAUGGCAUGAGACAAGAAGUGCUUUAAAGCUCUGUCAGUUUACUCAGUUGAGAAUACACUUGUCAUCUGGGAUCCAUCCAUUCAUGAUGAAGAUGCAAGCAGCUUCAGUCAAGUACCAGCAUUCACCCUUGCACUUCCUGUGAUCCCCUGAAGAAAAAAAAAAAACCUAUUUUGUGACAAAGUGAGGAAAAAAAACCAACCAGAAAACCCUGCAUAUGUGCCAGCAAGAUACUCUGACUAGGAAUGAAAGAAACCACAUACUGGGCUACAUUAGGAGAAGUGUGACCAGCAGAGCAAGGAAACAGUCUGUCUCUUUGGACUCAACACCUGAAAUCAUGUAUCUAGUGUUGAGCCCUGCUGUUCAAAGCGGAGUUGUGAAGACACUUGGGCCCUUCUUUAUAAUGGCAACUCAGAGCAGUGGUCACAAGCUGUGGCAUGAGAUGUUCAGGCUGGGCUUAGGGGAAAUGUGCCCCAUGAGGGCAGUGGAGUGUUGGAACAGUGUGCAGAAAGGUGGUGAGGUUUCAGUUCCCUUACAUUUUCUACCACAGCCAUUUCCAUCAAUUUCUAUGAUCCUAAAGGCACAGCACAAAAGUCACAGGCUGUGCUCUCACCCACCCCUAACACACUGAAGUCACUGUUGGUUCCCAUUAUCCUGAGGCACUACUGUUUUUUUCCUGCUCUAGGGGAAGGAGAGGUAUUGUGAGCUGUUUUGUUCACAUUUUUCCAGAAGGUUCCAGGAUAUCUGUCAAAGACUUAAAAGGUCUAGGAGUUAGACCCUAAAAUGCCUUGUUAAAAUACCAAAAGUUAACUUUCUGUCAUCAUUCUUCUAUAGAACUUGAUACAAUCCUGCUACCUUUUACCUAACCUGAUGUGAUCCUAGAACACAGGUUACUUGAUCCUCCAGGCCUCUUCCAGCCCAUCUCAGAGUUGUGUAUCUGAUUACAAUCUCAUUCUGCAAUGUCACCCCUCCUGCUCCUCUGUGUGGUGAUACCAGCAGCUAGAGGGAAGCACCAACAGUCUGUUUUUCCAAGGGUUAGGUAUGAUGAUGGAUAGGCCAGACGCCACUCAUCCAAAUCCUUAGCUUAAACAGUGUUAGGAGGAUUUCCUUCCACUGAUUUUUACUGGAGUUGCCAACAAAGUCCAAUGAGGGAACAAUUUUUCCUCCUGAAUCCCUUGACAAUAUAAAAUUCUUGGAUGAGUCUCUUAAAGGAGGGGAUGUUCUCAAAAGGACUGAUGAAGUUAAAAGCUCUAGGUUACCUUUAUCCCACUGCCCCAGGCUCUUCGUCUUAUGUCAGGGAAACUUCUUAAAGGAGUUGCAUCUCAGAUACUUACCUAAAAUUAGAAUAAUACAAUUUCUCUGAUUAUAAUUUUUUUUGAGACAAUUUUUUUCUUACCUAUUUAUGAAGCCUAUCACAUGGGGCUGCGCUCUAAUAAAGAACAUGAAAAGACUUAGCACUUUGAAUAGAUAGCCUAUAUAUGUUAUUGGUUUGUGUAUGGAUAUAAGGGAACUGGAAAGCUGCAAUUAUCAUACUCUGCACCAAUCUCAUUUUCUAUAGAUAUUAUUGUAACAAGAUGUUCUCUUUUAUUUAUGUUGCGUAGGAUUUGCAGGUGGUUAUAAAGCCAAAACAAGAUGCUGAAAGCUCAGAGAAUUGAAAGAUAAUUACAAUAAAAUGGGCA